AUGUCCUUGACAUCCUUCCCCCAGCUUCCGGGAACGCCUUCCAUGCGGCUCACCACUGCCCGCGACCGUUUGAAGGUUCCCUCGACUGACAACUCUGCUCCAGACUCUGCAACUCCAUCUCCGACUCUUUCGGUUCAGGAAAGCCGUCUCUCCGCUGGGUUUAACACGUCUAUCAGUGACCCGGAUGAUUACGUGGACACGGUCACGCCGCAAACCGUUACACCCGCACCAAUGAAGUCUAGAUCCACCACUUCUAGCAAACAGAGCCCUGAGCCCGGCCAGCGACGAGCAUCUGGUCGUAGGAGAAAGCCAACCGUCAAAGCUCAAGCUCUAACUGGAGAAAAGACCUCUCCAUCUCAACUUCUCGACACCAUCGUUAUUGGAGGUUCACCGCCUGGGAAGUCGGAGGAAGGUGAUGAUCAUCAGCCAAGCACCCCUCCUCCAGAUGGUAUCACUCUGCCAGUCCCAUCAACGGAGAUGGAGAUCCCAGAAACCCCAGCACAGACUGUGAAUGAUAGUGCCACAUUAAUCAAUGGCGAGGAGGCCAAUGACGUUCCGUCAAUUACCUCCACCACUUUACGAGAAUCACCCACGCGACGACAAUCUCGACGUGAGAGAAAACCAACUGCCAAAAUUCUCGAGACAUCACCAACCAAUCUCAAACGCCCUGCUCCCGAUGAACAAGAUCAACCUCCACGCAAGUCAGCAAGAAUCUCUUAUUCUGGAGCGAAAGUGCCUUCCAGGCUCCGCUAUUCCGUGUCUUCGGCUAGCACUGGAGCACCAAGUCCUGAAACUAUCCAGGUUGCUGAACCAACCUCACCAAAGAAAUCUAAGGUUGUUGUGUUGAAGAUUGCUAGUUGGAAGGCUGCCGCCAGCGUGAAAGCCGCCAAUGCGGCCACAGACCGAGAAGUCAAAAGGAACCCACCACGACGAGUUCGAAAAUCUACCAAUUUGGAGGGAGGCAGUACCAAGAUUUCAAAGAAGCCAUCUACCACAAUUACCAUGACGGUCGAGCCGCCAGCUUGCUUAUUAACUUGUCUGCCGCCCUCCUCCCGCCUGUUUGCAAUGGCUCAAAUUGCUGCCAUGAUGCCAGAUUCUGAUGAUGAAGAUGGCGAGAUCAUUCCAGGCAGCGCUCAGGAUUGGACCACAUAUACCGCUAGAAUGUGCCAGUGUCACAACAUUCAGGAUGCAAAGACCAGUCGAACCAACUCUGUUGAUCUCCAACGUGCUCUCGAACCAAAUGCACUGUCUACUGACACGCAAUUUGCACCAUAUCAGCUGUUUGCAUCACCUACGCCUGCGGCAGACUUCCUUGCAACCCCGGUCAACACGAUUUUGAAGGCAGAAGAAGCCCAACGAGUGAAGGAGCUCUUCUCAAACAAUGCCUUGAUGUCUGCGUCCAAUCCAUUCUCCGUCCUGGGCAACGAUGCGCCAGUCCGUACUCGCAAGAGAACUUCUGAGCCUUUUGCUCGCCCAUCAUCAAAAAGAGCCCGUCUGAAUGGAAGUGUGCCAGCUACGACCACUCAGUCUCCGGGUUCUAUGUCUUCACCUGCGAAAUCUAGCUAUGAAAACCGUUUGCAAAGAGAUCACUUAGCACUGAGUGACAUACGCAAGAGAGCUACAUUGAAAGGGAUUAAGUGGACUUUCAACAUGAGCUUCGAAGAGAUUCAAGCACUACUAAUGGAGGUCGAAGCGCUGGAAGACGAUGCAAACGUGCAGAAGCAGGCAAGGGGCGUGGAUCGUAGCAUGGCGGCUUCUUCAUACAGCGAUGAAGCAGCAUCUCCCUCUCGCUCUCGCUCUAGCUUUGGCAUGUUGUUUCCUCCUCAAACAUCAAUGAAUGGUGCUUUGACCAACGAAAUCUCCUGGGGACGACGUGCAUCUAGCACAACAGCGAGACCAAGACCCCGAGUCGAUCCAAGAGGUCUGCUGGGCGAGUCUCCCGGACCGGGAACCAUUAUUAACAUUGAGAGCAAGAGAAGGGCUGGAAGUAGAGCAGCCAGGCAAUCUCGGAUCCAUUGA